AGAUACGUACUGUCGUUGUCGCCUCGAAAGUUAUGUUAUGGCAACCAACUGUAGGAAGAGUUAGGAAGAAAGCUAGUUGACUAUAUCCACAACACCAAAAGGAACACCAGUCUUGACAACUUCAGCGAUAUUUGGUCGGCAAUGCUGUAUCGAAAUGUGUGGGAAGAUUUUGUCAUGGAGGCUCGAUUGGGAGAUCGGCCUUAAGUAUGUAAGUACUUUCGUCUGUAUCCUUUAAAACCUUAAGCUCGAAUAGUGUUUAGUGUUAUAAGACUAAAAUGGUGUACUUACGUAUCUGAUGGGUGUGGGGCCAGGGGGACCUUGCGGACCAGGGGGACCUUGCAUACCGGGCAUACCAGGCAUUCCGCUACCUCCCGGGAAACCAGGAGGACCGGGGAAACCAGGGGAUCCAGGAGCACCAUCCAUACCAGGAGGACCCUGGAAACCCGGAGAACCGGGUAGACCUGGUGUACCUGGAAAACCAGGCGGACCAGGAUCUCCCUUGAAACCUGGAGGUCCUUGUGGUCCAGGAGAUCCAGACAUUCCUGCCAUACCAUUCAUACCGGGAGGACCUUGAAGGCCUUUGAGAAUGAAACCCAGUGUUACAUUCUGAUCCUUUAGUAGUUUGUUUAGGAGUGGAGGGACUGAAGACAUUGGCAGCGACGCCUUACGGAAAGAACAAUGAAAAACAAUUAGUGAGGAUAUUUUCUAAUUCCUGGUAACUCUUUUUGGCUCUAUGAUUGUAAAAGCUUCAUUACCGUCUUAUAUAAGCUAACAAAGACAAGAAAACAUAUGAAUAAGACUGUGAGGUAAUAAGUCAAGAGACAAAUUAAAAUUGCGUAUUCGAUUUAGCUAUCAAAAUUUGUCAGUCCAUAUCGUACAUAUAUUAUUUUGUUCUGUCUUGUCUGUGCCAGACUCCCUGUAACUGGGACGAAGUUUUCUUUAUCUUCGAUCGGUUAGCAAACACUCUAAAAUUCCAGAAACAGAUUUGACCCAUGCUUAAGCCUUAUAAUCUGAAAGCAAGGUAAUUAUAAACAGCUCUCGGGUAGCGUAUCGUUGUAUAAGUAAAAUCAGUGAACACAAAUGAAAUCGCCAUAGUCAAAACCACCAGGAUAACUAUCACAUGCCACCAUGAAAUUCACCCGGUUUUAAAAUCGAUCGAUGACUACACUUAAGUUCACCUAAAAGCAUUUGUAUUACCGAUUUGUCUGUGGCCACAUAUAUCGCCGCAAAAGUUACGACAACCACCGCAAGCAUGGAAUCGUAGCUGGGUAUUUUAGGGUUCCUGAUUGGGCCUUGGCUUUGUUCCUCUGGAUUAGUGAUUUCUGUAUUCUGCCGAUCUUGUCCAGUAACUUGUUGCUUUAAAAUUUUAACUAUUAGAACUUCUUUCCUUCGCCAUUUCUUAUAUUUAAACGUUAAUUUCUGGCAAAAUUAUAGCGAAAAAUCGAAACGGACGGAAAAAGGAAUAUGUAAUCGACGUGUGAUUGUAAAAAAUUAACAAGAAACUUCCUUCACAGUUUAUUUCACUCACUCCAUAUUUGGUGCUAAAACAGGUGGGUUGACACUCAAUAUGGCGCGAAAUAGAGAAGAAAAUGGUUCCGAAGCUAAUAUUCAUUACGAUAAAAUAUUUCCAUACAUUAAAUCAAGAACCAUUUGGAAACAGAGAUAUCAAGAAGUUUCGCAUCCCUCGAUCGAUGUAGUUUGUUGAUCUUUGAUAAAAUCUGUGAUGCCAAUAAUCUGAAACUACAUAUGUCAUAUGUCUUUGUGUGUUAAGCAAAACAUCAUCGUAAAAAAUAAAAACGAUAAACCAUAAUGGACUGUGCACAGCAAUUUUAAUUUACUAAGUAAGAGACUAUGGUAGUACAAAAAGUACUCAGUUGUGCCGUUUGCGUAUAUACAUUUAAGUCGUCGGUAUAUGUUUUAAAGCCCUGGAGUUACUCAUCCAAAAUGAUACGGUUCUUUGAUUAGCCACCAACCGUUCGAUCAAUCGUUCCAUUGAUCAAACGUUCGAUCGACUAAGACAACACGCCCAGUAAACUAAACUCAGUGAUUCGUUUAUAAAUCAGUACUUACCGAUAACUGAAAAUGUACUAGGCCUACGGCGACUAGUACCGCCAAGGAAGCGAUCCUCAUGACCUAGGAAAAUAAACAGAAAACACUAUUUUUCCAAAAAUGAAACUGACCCUUCCGUCAAGCCAACAUAGGAAGGGAGUUGGGGAGUUUGGUUUCUAGCCAGGCUACCGUGACUUCAUUCCACCAGUAAAUUGUUUAUAUAUUAGGCAACUGGUGAAUGAAUAGUUAAUUAUCUUUGUCUAAUGACUUAACUAUUUGAGGAUAACGUAGUGUUGGAUUAGGGGGACAGCACUCAUUCAACUGGUCCGCUCUACAGGUGUUUAAAAAUCUUUCGGCCAAUAACAGCCGCCUGUUGUGACAUUUUCUGUUCUGGUUUGUAAUUUUUAGAUCUUUAGCUAACGAAGGGUUUUUGGAUUUGUAAUUUUUCGCGGGCUUUUUUCCCUUGCAAAUAAAAUUACCUGAAGUUGCUCAUAAAGGCUAACAAUCGUUUCAUCGCCUUACGCCCCUUAGUCAACUUUCCGUCACCCAAGAAUAAGAGAAUUCUAUCUUGUUGUAACCUUGGCACCAAAGUGACCUAAAAAGACUCAUGUUACUAGAAAAAGUAAAAAUCUUUUCUAUAACUAUUGCUUUAUGAUAGCAAUUCUCUCUUUCAGCGUGGUGUAAUUACUUCUAAGUUGCUGGAUUGUUUCUCAGGAGUGACCAUCCACAAAAGGGUGGUAUUGAAUUACUUUCCCACCGUGCUGUUUGUUUUUUGGGUGUUUGUAACGCGAUUCUUCUUUUUUUUAGUUCUGCAUUCAAGCACCAUUUAAAGCAACACGGCCAAAAGAGCAGAUGUAAAAUAAAUUUGCUACUAUAAAUUAAAACGGGAGCGUCAGGUGUCUAAUUUGCGUAGUUCGCCAGAUCAAGCUUCAUUACAGAGUCUGACUCGAACAGAAGGUACACAAACACACGUUCGAGUCUUUCGAAUAAAUCCCUCGAACGUUUCACACUUUAUAUAACAAAAUGCUUACCUUACUUGACCAUAAAAUACCUUUGAUAACUGAUAUGAUAAUGCUAUCCAGUGGACUUAACUUGAUAUCGGUGGGAGACGUCUUGCACAAACAAGAUAUAUCACCGUAAUGCCUCCAGAAAAGGUCCUUUAAACGUGAUAUCAAUCACUUCCGGGUGCAAAGGAAACAAUGAAGCUCCUCUUUUGGAGACUUGAGCUUUGGGUUCCCGAAACAACCCCUUGAUGAAUAAGUCCGUUAUCGAAUUGAUAUAAAGAUCCUGUUCGCUUUUGCCGAUGCCAGAAUGUAGUGACCACGACAAAUGACCUCACGCUGGCCAAGGCAUUUCCCACCGAUAUCUUGAACCACUUGAUCCGCAAAUAUAUUACACAGUUCCCUCUCAGUGUAGUUUUAAAAACACUGCGUAGUUACAACACCAACCUGAAGUUAUCAGCCCGUUCUACAAAAAAAGUAUGGCUGCCACCUACAAAGCUUCCGGCGCUUUUUGCUCUGAAACUGAGUUCGCGAAUUGGCAACCAGUAUGAGAGGUUUGACUGGUUGAUUGGGCGAGGGGCGCCGAACCUGAGCCUGCGUUAUUUAGCGUCAGUGUUAUCGCGCUUAACGUGGCAUCACCGGCUCGUGAAGACUAAGACACUUGAUACACAACAUUAAGAUGCGAUGACGUAAUCAGUUGACCCUGAACACUACUCUGCCAAUCACAACUCGAGUUUAAGCGCGCGAACAGGUUGUCGGAGUGUGGAAACGAGAGCAAAUAAGCUCUUGAGUUUCUUCAUUCACGCCCUCUUGAGAAAAAAAUAAUCACUGAGUAUGUUUUCAUGGUUUUGAUUUUCGACUUAUAGGGGCAGGAUUUUAUGUUUUGACUCCCAUUAGAAUUUCUUAACAAUUUUUUUGCGUGGAAAAAAUGCCUUUUCCUUCUGUUGUGUCUUGGAAAAUGAAAGUGUUCUGACGUAAUGUUACUCAAUGAUCUUCGGGUGUCAUGCAACACAUUGGUGUUAAGCUAAGAGAACCUUGGAAAUCGAAGGAGAAAAUUUUCAGUUUUCUUAAACAGCGAGGUUAGAAAUAUGGCAGAAAAUUUAAAAAUAAAAAAUAAUUAUAGUAAUAUCAAUCAAAAAGAGUAUAAUCAAAGUACUUCUUUGUAAAAGACACAAUUAAGCCAGCUUUUUACUAUUUAUAGAGCGUGCAAAAAUCACCGAGUACCUACAAGGAUCUUAAUUUUACUCCUGUAUUUCAGCAACUGUUUUCUUUUUCCUACGGUUCUUUGCGCCUUUUCAUUAGGUUCACACCCCCGAUGGGGACAAUGUAAACACAAACCUCCCUGAAGCUUUUAUGCUAUAAACCGCUUAUUUUCAAAAUUUAAACAACCUGUCUUUAUUGCUGUUCAAGAAUCUCAAGAUUCAACUGAUAUUCAAAAAUAAAAAUAAUAAGUUUUCAUCCGAAAGUAAAAGCCCUGCAGUAAUCAAGGGUUCUACAAUCUAAGUACUUGGUUAAUUUGGAAGUUUGAAAACACAUAAUGAAACAUUACUAAAUACUGAGCACUGCCUCCAAAAUUUAUACUUACGGAGCCACUCGAAAAUGUAGUUAUAGGCAAAGUGAUUCGAGACUUAAAUUCUUUUCAAAGAUUGUUAGAAUAAUUUCAACUCUGGAGGAAAAUCACAAUUGCUGUCAGUCUCCGUCGGCUGGGAAAAUUACCCAGGGAUAGUCCAACUUAAAAGUUAGGGUACCAACCCAAAGUUCUAACGUUAUUGACAAACAAUCAUUCCUAACUAUUGUAGCCUAAAGAAAUAAAUAAAUUCAGUGACAAAUUGUCAACUGGAAAGGAGGAAGUACUUCAUUGAAUUUUAGUUAACUCUUUCAAAUUAGGCUGGAUAGAAUACGUUAUGUUAUUAUCGUUUUCUCUUUCAAUAAUGUAGCCUGAAUUUCAUCCGAUUACUAAUAAUGCCAUGAACAUGAAUCUGAGGAUGAUUUCUUGCUUUUCUUCUCUGUGUGUUCCUGUUUGUUUGUUUUGACGAGGUUUAGGUUUUUAGACUUCUAAUUUGUAAACAUCGCCACAAGAAUCUCAAAUUUCAAUCAAAUAUAUCAUUUUCUACAUCUGUAAUAUUAACGUGCGAAACCGACUUUGGAUUAACUCGUGUGUCCUUUUGAGUGCACUAAGGCCUAAAGUACUAUCCAAAAAAUUGCUGGAGAUAUGACAUAAAAUCGUGUUAUAUUUCGCAUAACAUUGAAGUUUCAGUAAAGCACAUCAUUUUUAUUUCGGUCUUUACCCUUACUCAACUGAUGCGAGACAGACAAAAUUCAAAUCUUAUAAACAUCUAAUUGUUGAAGGUGCCAUUUUUGCUGACAAGAGGUGCCAUUUGGCUAGUUUUGAAUCAAAAAAUGUUUAAAUGGAGAACUAAUAACCAUGACUUCAAGUUUUCAUUGAUUUUUUGAAGUUAGCACUGAAAAAUGAUGUGAAAGUACGUGUCUUGGUUUCUACUCGAACUAAAGUAACUAAACCGCAACAUUAGUCGAUACAUAUCACACAAACUACCUUGUCAAAAACUGUCAAACUAGAACACAUUCAGCUGUGGUCUCCAGGGAUUUGUAUGGAACUUUCAAGUUCUUUACUUUAAUUUUAUUUUCUGUUUUUUGCGAUCAAAAUGAAUCUGGCUUUUUCUACGGGUCAAGUGAAAAUCGUUUACUCUGGAUUCAAUUUCAAGCGCGCCAGUUAGAAAAAUUUUACUUAAUAACACUUUUAUACGGAGCUUUCCCAAUUUAUUUCCUUAGCUAUUUUAAACUUUAAAAAGGGCGAUGCCUGUUAGCAAAGACUGAGUAAAAUCAAGUGAGGCUUGACGACUGUCAGUGCGCGGUGCGUACUACCUAUCAGACAACGUAUCGAUCUUUUCGCUCUAAAGCAUUCGAGACCGAUCUCCCCGCGAGAGGUGAUUUCCGCGCACUCGCGUGUUUUACUCGCUCAAUUCUAAGAAAAAAUAGUCUAACAGACUACUUGUUAGUAAAAUUCUUCUUGUGCUCUAUUCUGUGAUUCCUGCAUACUGAUUGGCCAAUUAGCUCAUAGUUAACGAGAAGAGGUUAUUAUCGUUUUACAGCGAUAAAUACCUGAGGAAAUCACCAGACAGAACUUACGUAUUUGCUAUAUAAUAUCAGUAGGAGGCGGUUUUGAUACUUGAUUUGACCGUUAGCAAAACCCGAGUUACGCGUUCUUAUUACAGCGUUUUCUGAAUUAAGUUUUGUAUGUUUCAGUCUCGUCAUUCCAAGAAUUGAAGACUCCAACUAGUUAAACACCUUUGGUCCGAAUUAUCCUUCAUUUCUUAAAGCCUUAUUUUGACGGACUGAGAGAAUUUCCGCAAACUGAAAUAUAGAGCAUGAACCAUAUAAGCCUUAAACGCCUGCAACGACAAGAGCAAGACAGAAACACUUCUUUGGACUAUAAACCUCAUUGUCUGAAUUUUCGCAGAAAACGUUCCAAUUUACUUUUCUGUAAUGUUCAUCUUAGCCCUACCAGCCGAGGCUCUGUGGAGACAGUUGCCAUGGACACUCAAAGUGUAUUUUCCUGUACGACCUGGUACAGGUGGCGUGCGGGUGUUUUGCACGGGAAGGUCAACACAUCUAAUUCAAUUUCUACAAGAGCGAUAAUUCUGCGCGGUACUUAGGAUAAGUGCGAAAAACUGUCAAACAAAAAAUAAGCAUAACCUAUUUAAAUAGGUGUAACUCUGAGUGGUUUAAACUAGGAUAGCUAAUUAAAGACGAAUAAAUUUAACGAUUGUCAAUAACAAAAAAAAUACGUGGUCGUAAAAUAAUGACAGAGGUUAUUAUAACAAACGCAGAUUUACCCGAGAAAAAUAGUUUAUAAAAGUAAGAGUUCAGACAAGACAAUAUAUACGUAAGUUCAUGUGAUAAAUUGGCACUUAAGACUAAUGAAUGAAAACCUUUGGCUCAAGUCGCAAGGAACUUGAAUGCUACAAAGUAAAUGGUACAAAAAUUAAAAUGAUCAGUUAUAUCCACUUCAUUUUAUAGUCUGAGACUAAAUAACAAAGAAAGCACCAUGACUUACGAGCCUGUUUGCUGUGAUAUCUCGUCUAAUGUCUUCCUUUUGAGAACACCGUAGAGUUGACCACAGAUAACAUACUCCCCCAAAUCUUUGCUCUAUACGUUUUCUUCCUCAAAAAAGAACAAAUCGGGGCAGAAAUUUUAUUACCACCAACAACAAAGCCCCUAAGUUUACCUAUUGUUCUCGUCUUUCUUUCCUCGACUUACCCACAAGCCACCGGUAGAGCUACAACCUGCCUUUCAAAUCGAACGACUCUACAGUCUGAUUGGUUUGUUUGCAAGUGUCCCUAUUUGCUUCAUUUCUUUUUAAUUCUCCACUUUGAAAGCAGCUAAGGAAAUCAAAAUACGUCAUCUUCUGGUCAAGCGAGGAAAAGACAAGCUUUUUAUCUAACGACAGCGAAGUACUUAAAAUUAACGAAUGGGAAGAAGAGAUCUAUAUUCGGUGUGAAAUGCCACGAAAAUUGUAUUUGAAGUCGUCAAUUGCAUUCGUUUUACGUUUUUUUUAAAGCCGAUGAAAUGAUGUUGGAUUGUAAUUCGAUGAAGUCUUGUAUCCUUAAAAUUUACCACGAGGCAAACAUAAGUAGGGGAUACUGUGCCGUAUUUAGUCUUCUUGAUGGUUAUAUUAUGAGCACCUGGAAAAUCUGUCACUUCGAAGCCAAGCCUUGGCGGAAGCAAGUCAAGUUCUUUCUUAUUUGGGUAGGAGCAAGAAAAUACUUAUCCACAACAGAAGCGUCUUUACUCAACGUAAAGUUAACUUAUGGAUUGGGGAUAGCUUAUUGAUCAACUUGGUAGCAUUUUAGUUACUCUCAAGAUUGAUUUCGGUCGCAUUGGUCCUUUAGUGUUCACAGGUGGUUGAGUCGAAAAUGGCGGCCGUCAUCGCUGCUUCACGCGCCGUGACCUUUGCAAGGCGAUUCAUUAUGGGUGCAUGAUUUGAGCAAUAUCUGGCGCAAUAUCUCCGUCAAAAUUAAUGCGUGAUAUAUUUCUUACUUGGAACACACUUCCCUUUUUCUUAAAAGCCUUUCCAACUUUCCUUUGUUUACCUUAAGCUGUUGGAUCAGAUUUGUGUUUCAAACAGUGGUGAGGGCAAUUAAUGAAAUAGGCCAUUUCCGAGUUCCAAAAAAUCUCACUUUCAAAACGAGGCUAAGUGCGAAAAUGAGUUUCAUUUGCAUCAUAAUUAAAAAUCAUUUUCAUAUCAAUGGCUUCGCACUUAGCCUCGCUUUGAACGUGUGAUUUUUUUGGAACUCGGAAAUGGCCUAUUGCUGGAGCAGUUGUUGACCAUGGCAAUCUGGUAGUUCUUUGUGCAAUAUUAGAGACGUUUGUAAGCUUCUUGCCGUGUCAAGCUUCCUACGAAGUACAGCGUUGGUUUGGUUUCUCCAUCCUUCACAAGUAGUAAGAUUUUACUGCUACUGGUCUCCAUGAUUUGGAUAUUGCUUUUAUUGCAGCUGCUUUUCUGUAAUUAAGAAAGCUAACGGCUUCACUCCUUUGAUCGCAAUUUACUUCAUAGCUCAAUUCCUUCCUCUCCAUGUACUGAUUACACAUUUGCAAAGAAAACUCUUUGAUUAUAUUUUUUUUCAACGACAGGUCUAAUUAGUACCCCAGGGGGUACUCCGAAUUUCAAGUGGUGGCGAUGAUGAUCGAAUGGAGGCAAAAUCAAAACAAAAAAAUUCCCCAGGACUUCCAAAAAACCCCCCAAAAGUCCCUCGAACAAAAAUUAACUCUAAAAAAAUUCCAUGCGGAAUUUCCGUGCUUUUUCCAGAAGGCAUUAAAGAUAUAACACAAAAAGUAAAAACAUCAGAAAUAAAAUGUUUGUGUUUUUUAUUAGUCUCGCUUGAGUAAGCAGCGAGACUCAUAAUCUGCAAGCCGUUUUAUUUUCUUUCGUAUUUAGUACACAAAUCGACGGCUGAGGUCCCAGGCGUUCCCAGCGGAGACCGUGGAAACUGGGAAUAAGAAUCGUCACGACUUUCAUUGUAUGCAAAUGACUCUCGUGCUGAGCAUACGGUUUAUUUUCGACGAUGAUUGAAAUGACGCGCCAUGUUCUAUUGUUCCCGUACGUGCGGUAAAGCGUAACCUUCGGAGCCGAAGGGACUAUGGUCGAUACCCGUUAUCUCCCAUUCUUUGUUUUAUAAAGCGUUGUUAUGACAAGGAGGAAUUUGAUCCGUUAUUUUAGACCCUGUUUACAUGGAGUGGGGGACCCCGGUCUAGUGGGGUAAGUUUCUUUUGUUUUGUGUCCCCCAGAGCGUGAAAACAAAAGAAACCAACCUCACUCGACCGGGGUCCCCCACUCCAUGUAAACAGACCCUUAGUUUGCGUUCGUGAGGAUUAGCCAGUUCUGGGACUAUUUUAAUAGCGAAAUUACCAUAUUACAAUAAUAAAGAUGAAAUGUUUUGAAUUUAUGCAAAUGUGUGACAUUUUAAUUGAAUGUUUGCAUAGCAAAAACAACAGAUUCGUGUUUGCAUUUUCCCACAUUGCGACUUUCAACGUUUAAUACCACAAACGAUUAAAAAAUAUUAGUUACUAGUAGAACUCAAUCAACACAUAAAGUAAUUACGAAUGGACAGAAAUAGCAAAGAAAUUACUCUGGCCAAACUCAAUUCGAGAAUUUCUGUAGAAGUUUUAACUCUGCCUGUAGCCGCCGAACCAACCUUACGUGCUAAAGUGCACGUGCAAUUUAGCAGUCACUACGCAACGUGACUGCCUGGAAGUACGAUUUUGUUUUGCAAGCACGUGGUUUUUUAGGGACAUUCGGUCCGUUGUCAUUUGUCGCGAUGUUUCGUCACACACGUUUCCCACAGAUAACGCACGGCAAACAUAUUGGCAAUAGAAAACAAACGUGUUGAAAAAACAAGGUACACUGAGUGAUACAAACUAUUAAAUAAUUUAAAUUUCUCUUUGCAAAAUAAUUGUCCUCGUAGUACGCGACGUUACGCGUUUAUGCUUUGCACCGUAGGGACCAUAGGUAUCCGUCAAGGCAAUAAGCACACGAGGAGAACGUCUCGCUGCGCAGGUUACCUUAGCUCGAACUUCUCGACCAGUGAAUCUUGUUUUCUCGCGUUGAGCUGGUUUUUUGGGUGUGAGCAUCCGUUUAUUGAUAAACCGAUGGUCUUAACUGAUUGUUACUGACUGUUGCCGUUAUUGCCCCCGCAGGGAUUUUGCCUAGAAGGCGAAAUCCCGAGGAGGCAUCCUAGUAGCUCGUGCGUAUAUAUAGAAAAGUACUUACAGUUGAAAUAUGCAGUAGGUAUACCAGAAAAAAUCUCGAUUUGCUUGAUUAGGGACCGCAUGGAAUCGUUAAGUAAUUUCUAUUGCUCACGACCGCAAGUAAGACAUGGUUAGGAUGACGUAAAACAGAAAAUGCCCAAAGAGACUGCUUAGGGUGAUUUUGUAACACUCAUUGUACAGUCGUACUUCGAUACUCUUUUGCGUUACGUGUUAUCAGCGACAUUCUGUGGAGCAGCUGUUUUGAAAGUUAUGAACCAAAAGACACUCGUUAAGUGCCGAUGAAGUUAUAAGGUGCGUAUAACUGUGUAUAUAUAAACAUUUGGGAGAGUUUGCCAGACAAGAGUUUAUCAUUCACAAAUCUUUGAUUGGAAACCAUUUGCCAGACAAUCUUUUUCUCUCUUAAAAAAGACUCUGUCCACAAACAAGCUAAACGAGUGAAUAAGCGGCUAGCUUAUCACUAGCAGAACGAUGAACGAUCACAGAAAUUCGCCGACAAUUAAAUUCUAAGCUGUUAAGUUCUGAGCUGGGCUUACUGUCCGGCUAAUAAGAUGAACGGUUUGUAAAACGUGAAUGGGAAAUAGCGAAAAAUUCCAACUUCUAAUCAAGUCUUUUCUUAUGGUUGAGAAUAAACUGAUGUUCUCGAAACUGUUUUCAGAUCAAAGCUGUGUAAAUCGAACAGAACCAGUGCAUGGAACCUUGCGAUUCGUUUCCUGUUUUUAUCUUACCUAUUGUAUGAAAUAUGUGAAAAUCUUCAUUAUAAGAAUUAGACUACGAGUAGUCCCCAUUUUUCCUCAGGGAUAGUACAGCGACCGAAACGCGAGCUCGCGUGAAAAUCAACUCGCCUUUCUCGCGUGUGUUGAUUUUCACGCGCGCUCGCGUUUCGCUCGUUCUACACUCCGUGAGGAAAAUUGGGGACUACUCGUAGUCUAACCAAGAAUACUAUUGACCGGCAACAUACAGAGCGGGGGCGGCUGUAGUGUCAACUAUUACUCAUUAUUUUUCCGUCAUAACCUAUGCCUAAACAGUUCUCCUUCUUGGCACCAGCGGGACUUCUCGAGGGACUGUGGCACCCAAACCAGACUUAAGGUAGGAGGAGGAGGGAAUGUCGUUUUGAGGAGGGUGCGGUUAACAACAGUGCUUUCAUUGCCGUUGCUGACAGAUGUGCUUUUGUUUUUAAAGGAUUCUAAAAAUUGAAGAGGAAUUUAAAUAAAAACUGGCUAGAACGAUUUUAAAAAAUUGUGAAAGAAUAAAAACACUAGUAAAAGAAGCAGGUGACCGGCUGGUUGAACGUUUUUCUGUUUUUUUUUUUUUUUUUUUUUUUUUUUGGUUUACCAAAUAAAUUUCGGUUUUUUUUUUGGUCGGGGGGUUUUUUUAUUUAUUUGGUGAUUUUUUUGGGAAAAUACGGAAUAAAUUCAAAAGUUUAACAGAAGAAACUAAAAAGCUUAAUUGAGCGGAAAAUUGCUUUUUGUUUUCGCUGCGUUUUAUUUGGUGUACCAAAUCAAUUUCGAUUUUGUUUUCGGUCAGGGUGAUUCUAUAGUUAUUGAGUGAUUUGUUCGGGAAAAUACGGAAUCAAUUCAAACGUUUAACAGAAGGAACUCAAAAGCUUAAUUGAGCGGAAAAUUGCUUGUGGUUUCCGCUGCAUGUUUUCCCCUGUAGGUAUGUCAUGGUUUAUGCAUUUAUGACUGUGAACCCUAUUCGUUGAGUACACGAAGGCAUGAAAUGUGACUAAAUGUGGCUACAACGUCCGAGUAAGUGGAGCAAAUUCUAUGGAUUGAUUAUUCGAUCAAGUGAAACUCUUGACACUCUUCGGCAGUGACUAUGUACUUUCACAUACCAUUUAUUAUUUUGUAUAAACUGGUACCGUUCUAUCUUUUGUGUCAGUAGACCAAACCCCAGGUGUGGUCAUUUAAAAGAAACUCUUUAGCAGUACUAUGUACUUUCAUAUCUUACUAUUUUAUAGGCCACUUCCGAAUUCCAAAAACCCUCACUUUCCAAACGAGGCCAAGUGCACAACCUUGUGAAAAUGAGUUUUAUUUACAUGAGAGUGAAAAAUCCUUUCCAUACCAAAGGCUGAGCACUUAACCUUGUUUUGAUACAGAGGCCCGGGGGAACUCGGAAAUAGCCCAUAUGCUGUACAAACUGGAUCUGACUUUUGAGUGAGCGGAUCAAUUACUUUUGCGUGAUACUUCUUUUAAUUUUAUAUCAUUAAUCAUUCGGGAUUUUCUUCAAUUGUGAUUUUUCUACUCCCUUGGUAUUGAUAGAAGUAACGGUAACUACCGUCGGUUGCAUCUAAGCGUGGACACGAGACAAAACGACAUGUUCUAAUAGAGUGCCAGACAUGACGUGUUUUGCCGCCAAACAUUUGAAGUUUGACAGCCGUUAAAGCAAACUGUCGCACCAAAGGUAAGAUGUUUAUAUGCUUUUGGUCAGCGCGUGACCGCUCAUAUUUCAUUUUUCUCACCUCUCGCUUGCUCAGCAAACAGCACACUUGCAUCCAGAAAUUAUUCUUAACCUCCAAAAAUUAUUGCAGAGACUGAUUUUGUCGAGCAAAAACAAAUCAAGUCGACAACAGCCGCCUACUCCAAACUUCAAAUGUUUGGCGCCAAAACAUGUCACGUUUGCACCCAAUUAGAACAUGUUUUUUCCUCACGUGUACACGCUUAGAUGCAACCGAUAGCAAAUGGCAUUGUUGAACACUGAAGUCUUACGCUCCUUAAGGGGAUAUUUGGAGGUAGUGGAAAAGUUAACGAAGUCUCGCUUACGAAGUGAAGACUAACUGCUUCCUACGCUUGUUAAAGGAAACCUCCAUUCUUAAAGAAAAUACUGCUUAAAAUGCUCUUAAAGAUCCCAAAAGGAGAUUAUGGGGCAUUUUGGAAGACGUGCUUCAAAAGUGGAGGUUCCCUUUAAAACAUACUGUUGGACGCUGGCAGUGAAGCAGUCUUUACAACGGCUCUCUACUGAGGAGGAGUCUUAUAUUUAAAUGUUUGGAUGGGCAUUGACUUAAAGAGAUACAUUUUCGGCAUAAUGGCCACAGGAUGUAACGAACACACUCAAUAAAAUACUACUGUAUCGUCUUCUUUCAAAACAGUUUUCAUUACGAGUGCUGAAUAAACACGACAUUGUGCGUAAAAAUAGUCAUUUUUACAAACGAAAAAGAUAUUAAGUCUGCCUAGAUACCCCUACCAGGAUCUAGAAAAAAAUAUGAUUGAUCUAUAAUAAUUAUUCCGACUCUACACGUAAUAUAUAAAGAAAUAUUGGAACUCCCUUUGUUGUUGAACUUGUUUGUUCAGUAGGCGUUUUAUUGUGUUCAUCAAGUGGUUCCGGCUGAAGUGUAGGGGUCGAACUUACAGUGCCUUGAACAAAGACAAUUAAAAGCAAAUCAUUGUUUGCUCACUGACUCUUCACUGGACUCAUUAAAACGACAAAACAAAAACCUACACGGAUGACCUGAUUUUCAACACAUAGCCUUCCAGACGAUCACAAGCUUUCUUAUUCUGCCUCUCCGAAAAAGAAAUCUUUCACGCCCAAGCUAUCAUGGAAGCUAUAUUGAGCUAAAACUUGCAAAAAUUAGUCAAAAUAUUAACAAAUUUUCCAACUUGAAAUGGAAAACGGAAGAAAGCAUUUUGCCUUCGUUUAGUGCCACCUGCUUCAUGAUGUCAAAAGCAACAAGUGCUCUUCACAAACUUUGACACCCUAGCGCUCCUUUGAUUGGUUUUCAGGUGUGAAAACAUGUCUUAAACCAUUGGUCACACCGGACAGUUUGACGGAAAUUGUGUUUUAUUAUUAAAUAGCUAUCCAAUUAUAUCAAUAUUACCUAAGAGUCGUUUUGGUUCAUGGCUUUGCCAUUGUUUCACUCGGUGGGCAGCUGAAUCCAGCGCUCUGAUUGGUCGCUCAACAAAUAAGCAUGUUAAGCUCGCAUUACGUCAUACCAAAUAAAAUUUCCUCCAUUGUAAUGCCACGUCAAGCACGGCAAGGUGGUUGGACGGCUUUAACGCACAUGCGCGUAGGCACCCCAAGCGCCAGUAUUGAAACAUUUGAGAGCAAAGUCAGUUUCAGACCUCACGGUAACGGCUACUGACAAGGCUAUUUUCCCAUAGGAAACAAAAAGCUUUGUCACAGGUUAGUGUACUUGGAAAACAUCGUAAACAUCUUGGGUUGAAACACGAGCAUUGAGGAACAAGCUUGUGAAGCGCAAGGAAGUAGAAGAUUUAGUGGUAAACUAAAUUGAUUUGAAUGCCAAACGCGAUUCUUCCUCCGAAGGGAUUACUCAUCUGAACUCAUAUUUAGCUCCGAGCUGGUGCAGUUUUAGGAGUCGGAUAUUGAUAAGGGAAAUGAACUUCAUCCAAACGGGACUUGAACAUUGUCGGCGUUUGCCUUUCUUACUUGGAAUUAUGUACUUGUCAGUCCGUUUGGAUGUGGUCUAUUUUCUUUGUCAAAUCGAUCUGAGUUAUCGGAGGAGGAGGAGCCUGUUUACUUUGAUAUCUAUGGUUGUGAAGGGAAACUCUUAACUCACAGGAUCCUAUUGACUUCUAAGUCACUUGUACAUAUUUUAGUUGCUGGGAAGAAUUAACAAGGAAAAACAUAUAACGCGGACCUUGAUAUUGUCCUGUGAGAUUUGACAUUUCUUUCCUUAGUUUCAACUUCGUAAAGUUAUCACGCUCAAUGAUUACACUUAACGAAGCAUAUUUGCUGUAGCUUAUGACUAAAGAAGAGGGAAUAAUCGUAUCUAAAGCGACGAUUGGUAUUCAAUCUUUGCCAUUUUGAAAAUUUACGCCGUAAUUUUUUUUCUGAACGUAAGGUAAAUAUGACAUGUUUAACAUCGGGUAACGAAUAUUACUUUUUUUAGAUGAGACGCAGAGGUUUAAAUAGCUGUUAAAUAGAAGAGAAAUUAAGAUUAAUCGAUAUCAAGAAUUUAUUUCUCUUUGACAAGGAGAUACUAUUUUUAUUUUCUUCAAGAAGACGGAAUAGAAUUUUCGCGCGCAAGAUACUUUGUCGAUGAGAUGAAUCACAACUUGGUAAUAAUUAAUGACAAAUCAGGGUGUUCGAGAAUCAUUGAUCACUUGUUCUCUUGUUCAUUUCCUCGUCAGGUUAUGGGGCUCAGAGGAGGCAUGGGCUGCCUUCUAGCCUUAUUUGUGGGCCUUGUAUGGCUAGAAUGCACGGUAAGUCUACCUUUUUUAGCCUCUAUUCUCGAAAAUGUAAUUAUGUAUUAUUAAUACUCACCCAUAGGUUAUCUUAGCGCUUGGGCAGGUCCUAUUUCGGUGGUUAGAAGUGUUUUUGCUCGUUAAUCUUAGAGCGUGAAUUCAACAAACCAACGCUGAAAUCACGCCAAACGCCGUUAUAACUGCCGUAAAUGUUACCUUAAUAUACUGACGAGGGUUAAAUGUAAAUUAAGUUGACCAUAUCCGAUCAAAUGGACCCGAAUAUUUUUACCAGUUUAAUGACCGAUUUUGGAUUUCAAAAUUAUCCAGUCACGGUUAAAACACCCAGUUUUUUCUCUAUUCUUGAAAUCUAGCUUUUCUUUUAAAUAACAUUUUCUUUUUUUUCUUCAUUUUGUAUUAACUCGGCAUCUACGAAAAUAGCGAGAAAGAGUUGUUUUUCUAUCAAGAUCCAACGUUUUAAGAAAUGAUGGCCUUAUAUUUUGUGUUUUUAUUUUGAUUUUGGCAUUAUUAUGAGGCUCUUUCUAGCUCUGCUUUUCGAUGCAUGACAAUUGUCUGAUGUAAACAAAAAACAGGUACUACCAGUCAGGCUGACGGUCCUUAACUACAAGUCGAAUUGCAGUUGAGGGGAUUAAAAAAAAGUUUAUUUUUCUUGGAAAUGAAUGAAAAGUUCUGAUAAAUGUCAUAAGGUAACGAAAUCGAAGAACGUUAGAUACCUCUGCUGAUUUUUCGAGCAUGAAACCGUUAAGACGCGUGAUCAAUUUUGCACGGUCAUCGCACGUUUAUAUAGCUGCAACGCGGUUAUUAACAAAAUAUACAUUUUGUCAUAUCCCAAAAAGUUACCCUUUCUCGCAGAAUCCGCAUGAUUAACUUUCGGACGUAAACGCAAAAUAAAGUCCGAAACGGAAAUAAAAUCCAUCAGGAGACAGGAUUGUUAGAAAAAAUUUCCACAGACAAAAUAAUUAAACACAAAUAAUUUAGCUUCUUUCUGAAAACAGUGUAGAAAAUGAACUAGAAACCGGAGAUUUACGGCUCUCGGAAACAAUUGCAUAUGAUGCAAGAGAGAGGAUGAGUGCAGAUAUCUAGUGAGACUGUUCUUUACGACUGAAUUCGUUUCAAUAUAUAGCCUGCAGCCCAUGUAUAACUUCGCUUUGAAAAUUCUAAAGUGUAUGAAGACAUGUUAAACAGAAUCUCCUUUUUGCAUAAGGUCAAACCCUCACCGCUCAGGCUGUUUCAUGGAGUAAUGGCGGGCCAUGUCCAGAUUCAUUGACAUGGUCAAGUUUCCAUCUUUUUUCUUUCUACGGUUAGUUUGUAAGAAAGAGGAGAGCACACAAAAAUCAUUGUUACACAUUUUUAUUCAAGGAAUGGUCAGCGUUUUUUAAAGUAUAAUUAAUUUUCACUUACUUUUGUCAACGGUAUUGUUUUACGUUACACACCUUGCUAGUGACAAACCAAUGGUACUUUGUAGUAUGCAUUCCCUAAGCCCAGGUCACGACCCUUUUGUAGAAGGUAAACACCACAAACAAGUGUGACCUAAUGUCUUGCUAGAGAAAUCGAGUCAACAAGUACUGACGGUACUUGUUAUCUGUUUUAUAUCUUUUGAAGGCUAAAAAUAUUUUUUACACCAAAACUAACCCCCAUAAAGCAGUUUUCUACAAACUGAAGAAAUGCUUUUCUUUUGUCAUUGUCUUUAAGAAGUACAUUUUUACUUAGUUCUUAUACUCUUUCACAGUUUUACUGUCACUAGCCGGCAAAAAAUUCACGCCGACAUACGAAAUGACACUAGUCAGAACAAGAUUUUCUAAACCGUUGCAAAAUGAUUUUUAGCAAAAACCUUAAAAAACUACAAAGAGAGCCUGUUUUAUAAUUAAAACAAUUCAGAGCCAGUUCCUUAAAAUUACAAACAGUGUAUGAUUAGUAUCAACGUCUAAGUCAUAAAUAUGAAAACACUAAAUGUACGCUUUUUUCCAAUUAGCAUUCACAGGCAAUUUUACCCGACUGGCCGAAGAUCGGCGACAGAAUCACACAACCAUUUCUUGAUCAGCUUAUGGUCAGUCAGCUUCUUGAACAGAAUCUUACGCUAGGAUUCUUCUUGAAAGGCCUUAACGGUCCACCGGGUCCCCCGGGACCGGCCGGGCCACCCGGAGAACCUGGACCUCCAGGACUUCCGGGUUCAGCCGGUUCCCCUGGUCAUGUAGGUGAAGAUGGUGCACCAGGAGCUACAGGAACACCCGGACCACCAGGUCCACCAGGACCUCCCGGUAUGCCAGGAGAUAAGGGAGAUCCCGGAGAGCAGGGAGCACCCGGUGCUGCGGGUCUUCCCGGAGCCCCUGGUCUUCCAGGUAUGCAAGGUCCAAUGGGUCCUGCUGGUCCAGAACCAAUUAUGCCGGUAAGUGAAAAUGACUUACGCAACAGCUUAACAUGGACAUCCCCAAAAUUUGUUCGGUUGUCCAAACGUCCACUGUGUGAAUGCAUUCAUUUUAAACUGUUUUUGUUCAUUUCCAUAAACUGAUCAUGACAGAAUUAAUACCAAAUUAUAUUUUCAAAACUGCCCUUAUAACCUGGACAUAUUGAUUAGGUGAAGGAUAGGGAUAUUCCGCUUCUAAAAAACUUGGGCCCAUGACCUUAAAUCUGACUUUCAUGACAACUGCCUCGAAUUGCCGUAACCAAAUACGAAACAGAGUCACUAGCCGAUCAGACAAGGUAUAAAGAGAAUUUCGAUUACAUUCUUAUUUUGCUACAAUUACUCAUAGAGGACAAAAUAAAAAGAUUCUAUUCAACCGUUAUCAUACAAGGACUUCAUUCUGGCCAGGUUUUCAUCAACAUGUUCGAUUUUCUCCUGCAGAACUUUACUGUUAUCUGUGAAGGAGAAAAGGGCUGGGUACAGUGCAAACAAUACGAGCUCAUCAAAGUUACAAAGGCAUUCUGGGGUCGUGAUGAUCACGUUACGUGUCCCAAGAUUCCUGCAGGGCUCACAUCAGACAGACUGUGCGAGACGACGGCAGAAAACACCCUUAAAAAGGUCAAUGGACAAUGUAAAAACGAGCAAGCCUGCGAGGUGGUGGCCUCCAACAUUUUCUUCGACGACGACACUUGUGGGAACGUCUACAAGUAUUUAAAAAUUUGGUACGAGUGCAUUCCGGAUGAGGCGAACGCCGUGGACGUGCUGAAAGACGGUGGAAAACGAAGACGACGACGAAAGAAGAAGAGAUCAACAAAAGAGAAGCGGUCCUCGAAAGAAUAAACACCAACAGACUGUAGAAUAACGAAAUCAAUUGACGCUACUACGAAUAUUUCAACAGCAAACUCGAUUCCUGGAGCACGUUUAGCUUCGGAGUUUUUUGACCACUUUGCAAAACAUUCUCGUUAACAAAAAAGCAUGCUUACUAGUUAAGCAAUUUUCGCGGUGUGCAGCAAAACCCACAUGAGUGAGAAUCCCGGCACUUUGUGUCAAUAUGUAUGUAUAUUGAAGUUUAACUUUAUUUGAUAAAGAAUGUACCAAUUGAGACCCAGGUCGCCUUGGCGACUGAAUUAGUUUGAUUUAGGAGGUCUUGUGAUCAGGUAUUCUGGUCAAGUGGGGGGAGGGAUAUCGCAGAUUGGCCGAUCUCCUCGCUCUCCACGUUGUGUUGAUUUGUUUUUCUGAACACUCUGUACAAUAUUUUCGGGAAUAAUGUUAAAUUAAAAACCAGAAGAUCUGUAUUAUAGGCUUGCCGCUAGUUUCUUUGUUGGUAAGUUUGAGUUAGAAUAAAAGUAUAGCAACUUAAAUUCACCUGACGACGUUCUGACUGCCAGCAAUCUAGGAAACAGCUCAGAGCUCACGGUCCACUUAGACCAACGCUCUUUCAAGUCUACUGAUCAAGGGGAACGUGAACUCUGAAAAGAAUUUCGACUGGUGUCGGCUCAGUCCAUCACGUUGCAGGAGACUGACUCGCAUGCCUAUAUGUAUUUCAGAGAAAUUAGCUAUGGUUAGGUUGUAAUAUUUG